UGAACAUGAAGACAUGUUUGAAGAUUCUCAAACCCACACAUUCUUAUGAAUUUAUUUUUAUCUUCUGUAUCAACCUUUGUUUGAUUGAACUCAUACUAGAAAUUACUAUAGCAAAUUCUCUUGGUGCAUAGUGCAUCCUUAAUGUUACUGGAUCUUUUUUCUUCUCCCUGUAAAGUGUAAAGUGGGAAGGGAUGAGUUCCUCUUCUCCACAACGUUCUCGUGGCGACGGCGAGAAAAGGCCCAGAUUUUUCGACUCAAACGCGAAGGCCAUCUGUUGGGGCAAGGCUGAUACCGUCCCCGGCCGUCACCCUGAGAGGUGGCGCAAAGACGCCGCCGGUAACGUUGUCUGCAAGCGUUUCUUCAACUGCAUCGGCUGCCUCUGCUACGAGUACGAUCACAUUAUUCCCUUUUCCAAAGGUGGUGAGUCCACUGCAGAUAAUUGUCAAAUACUUCAAUCAAGAGUUAACAGAUUCAAAUCGGACAAAUAUAACAUUGAUUCGGAGCAAUUGAAAGACUACUCUUGUGAGGUUAAUUUUACUGAUAAGGAGCUUGAUAUAAUUGAGAUGGCUGUUUAUGGCGAUGUGAAGCGGCCAGGAAACCAGUGUCGUUGCAGAACUAUUGCUGAAAAGCUUGGCAAAUUCAAACCAAAGGAUGACACAGAUGCAUGUAAGUUGCCAUAAAAGGGUGGAUCUUAGCUGUGUAGCAAGCAACUCUGCAACAUACAUGUAUUGAAAAAGAAGCUCAUGUCCACUCAAUUCUAAACACAAUUCGAGGUUUCUGAUUUCUUUAAAGUGAAUUAAGAGGAAAAAGGAAAAAUGUCUAUUUGUCAGGACUAAAUCAACAACUUAUAUUUCAAUAAGACAAUUGCAUAUAUUAAGACUCACUAGCUAAGUUGGUUGAGUAGAAUGUGUGUUAUUUUUAUUUUUUUUAUCAGCAAAUGUUAAUUGUUAUUUUUUUUUUUGUUAGUGGAUGAAUUUGAACUUGCAA